CCGACAGCCAGACUAAGUCUCUAAACCAGCCAUGAACGCCUAUCUUCUUAUCGCCCUCUGUGGUGCCUUUGUGGCAACAGCCUCCGCUAGUGAUCUCCAGGAGCAAAUCGACAAAUUUGCGGAAGAGCUCUAUAGAGUAAAAGCAGAAAUAGCCAAAUUGAAGGACAAAAUAGAGGCUGCUCGCAUUACCGAGGAUGAACACAAGGAACAUGAAAGACAGAAGCGCCAUGGCUACUAUCAAUUCGCCCCAUCAGCCUUAGCCAUGGCAAUGGGACCCCCGGGACCAGCAGGACCACAGGGACACCCAGGGGUUCCAGGAGAACAAGGUGGAGAGGGGCCAAGAGGUGCUCCGGGUGUGAAGGGGGAGAUCGGUGAUCAGGGAGCCCAGGGAGUGAAAGGAAACCCCGGCCCACCCGGAGAGAAAGGACCUGAGGGUGAACAAGGGGAAACUGGUCCAGUAGGUGCUGAGGGGCAGCCUGGAUUGAUGGGACCCCAAGGGAAAAAGGGACUGACAGGUGACCAGGGACCACCAGGCGCUCCAGGUUUUCCUGGAUACCAGGGAGAACAGGGAGACAUUGGAUUAGCUGGUCCACCAGGUCCAGCCGGACCACAGGGAUUGCAGGGUGUACAAGGAUACACAGGCGCUCCAGGACAGGCUGGAGCAGUCGGUGAAGCAGGACCACCAGGUGAACCCGGUCCCUCAGGUCUUAGAGGACCAACAGGACCUCGCGGAGAAUAUGGCGUAGCCGGAAAACAAGGGUAUGCUGGGUACCCUGGAAAACGCGGAGACAGAGGAUACACAGGAUACCCAGGACAACGUGGUCCAGCAACGACGUAUGUUUACGCACCAGCCGCUGCACGAUAUUAUGCCGUGCGAGCACCAGCACGUUCAAGCUCUAAAGGGGUACAAUACGCUCCAGUUGUAGCUGCACCAAAAAUGGGAUAUGCCCAGGCGGCACCAAACUCCAAAAUGCAAUAUGCUCCAGUGGUAUCCAAAAGUGCACAGUAUGCACCUGUUAUGAGCAAGUCCAUGGCACCAGCAGUGUUUGCUCCCAAAUCUAUGGGAUAUGCUCAGGCUCCUCAGGCAUAUACCAAAGGAUACUAAAUAAAGACUUAAAUUCCCUUGAUUCCUAUUUUGUUUUUUUUUUUAUUAGGCCAUCUUGUUGACAAUUGAAAUUAUUUCCAAUUUAUGAUCAUAAUUUUUAAAAUACUGAUUGUUUUACGGGAAAUUUGAAAGAAAAAAAAUAAAUUCGAUUAAUUUUU